AUGCCUGUCAAUUCAGAACCUGUAGUCCCUGCCGAACUCUGCGAUACCGUCAUCGACCAUCUUCACGAUGAUCCUCGCACCCUCGCAGCGUGCGCGCUCGUCUGUCGAGCAUGGGUCCCCUCUUCACGGAUGCACCAAUUUCACACCGUCAUCCUCCACCGGUUCCCC